AAUAAAUCUAGAAAAUAUUGUUCUUAUAAAGGUUUAGAAAGUACGGAACAAUGAGUGAAUUAGUUUGGGGAAUUAAAAACGGCGAUAUCGAUCAAGUAAAAGACAUAGUAGAAAACAAAAAAAUUGAUGUCAAUGCUCUAAUUGAUGGAAGGGUUCCUCUUCAUUAUGCUGCUGACUAUGGACAGACAGCUGUUUUGAACUAUUUGCUGGACAAAGGUGCAGACCCUAACAUGUUGGAUAAACAUGGCAUUUCAGUAUUGUUAGCAGCAAUUUGGGAAGGUCACACAGAUUGUGUUAAAACAUUACUCAAAAAUGGUGCAUCUAAAAAUGGAAAAACCCCAGAUGGAACUCCAUACAUUGAAGCUGCAGAAAAAGAUGAAAUCAAGGAACUUCUCACAUAGAAAUGAAAUCUUUUAUACCAGAACUAUAUAACAAAUAAUCGCUCAGAUUUAUGUUUUGAUGCUAAGAUAAAUUCACUAAGAUCAAACAAUAAAUUAAUUCCAUUAUAGAAUAUUUUUACAAGCAUUUAUUUACAUUGUAAUGAAUUAUUUUUAUACGCUCAACAUAUUGAUCUAUAAAAUAUGUAUUUGAUUAUGCGUCCAUUUAGUAGUGUGUGUAUCUAUAAAGGCCUGACCUCCCUUAUGGGGGUAAUCAACAGCAAUCACCUGAAAUGUGAUGGCUAGCUCAUCCUUUCAGUGGAGAUUUGUAAGAAGCCCCAUAAUCUAAAUUUAGCAAAUAAAUUAUUUAAAUAUUAAGGCGUAAUUGCAGCAAGUAAGAUGUAAUUUUUAUCGCUAAAAUAAUAAACUGAUAUAAGCAAACCAC